UUUCUUUGGACCCAAAUUCCAGCUCACAAGAUUUAUAGCCCAAACACCCUUUACUCAUUUCACGUCAGUCUCGUCCUUCUCUCUCUCUCUCUCCCUCUCCUUCUCUCCUUUCCUGUUCUUCAUAAUCAUAGCAGAGAAGAAAUGCAAACCCAUGUAUAAAACUACAAGCCAAGCCAAAUCACAAUGCCACACGAGCAAGCCAUAGAUCCAAAGUUUUAAUCUUUUUAACCAAAUAAACAAAACCCAUUCAGUAAAAUCCUCCAACUUUCUCAACCCGCCAUUGAAAUGGGUGGUCUGAGAGAGUCAUGGUGCUUCUGCAAAGGAGUGAGCAAGUCUGAGAAAAUGAAGGCCGCCAUUUUCUCCGGCAAGGCUCCGGCCAUGGCCAGAAUUUUCGGCCCCGGAAAUGGGAUCUCUGGUACCGGAUUCCUGAUCCACAGAAGCCUCCUAUUGACCACCCACGUCAACCUUCCGUCCGUGGCAGCUGCGGAGAGCUCCGAGAUCCGGCUGCAAAACGGUGUCGCUGCAACUCUCGUUCCCCAAAGAUUUUUCAUCACCAGCUCCAUUUUAGAUCUUACAAUAGUAGGUUUGGAUGCGGUGGAUGGAGAUUCAAAUGCCCAAGGCCACCUGCACCACUUGAAAACCUGCUCUAAACCAACCCUGGAUCUGGGCAGUGUAGUUUACCUUCUAGGCUACACAGAGAAAAAAGAAUUAACAGUUGGCGAAGGUAAGGUAGUGAUAGCCACUGACAAUCUCAUAAAAUUGUCAACUGAUGGAGUGAUGUGGAGCCCUGGUUCAGCUGGAUUUGAUGCGCAAGGAAAUCUUGCAUUUAUGAUAUGUGAUCCUAUGAAAUUAGCAACAUCGCCAAACACCAAAUCCUCAUCAACUUCGUCGUCAUCAACGUCAUCAUGGAAGAAGGAUCUUCCUAUGCAAUUUGGUAUCCCCAUUCCAAUAAUUUGUGAUUGGUUAAAUCAGCACUGGGAAGGUAGCCUUGAUGAUCUUAACAAGCCUAAGCUACCACUCAUUCGAUUAAUGUCUUCUGGUCAGAAAAGUGAGCACUCUUGUGCUUCCUUCACACAGCGGCGGGUUUUUAAGUCAACUGAAGCUGAUAAUGAUGGAACAACUUCUUCAUCAAACACAGUCUCAAAAACAAGGGACCAGCCUGGACCAAGCUGCUCUGCUGCUGCAAACAUUGUUGAAGAAGAGGCCCAAACAAGUGAUCCUCAUGCUGCCCAUGUACAGGGCAUUCCUACUCCAGAAAUCUAUGAAUCACCCAAGUUAACAGCUGUUCCUAUUAGGAGAAAAGAAGGUUCCCCGAUUCAGCUUUUGGACAUUAAUUUUCCUCCAAGGGUUACAAAACCAGCAGUUCUGCCACAGCCGACCAAAAAGUUACCACCAAAUUUUGAUGAGAAUUUUGUCAAGGCGCCUCCACCGCGAAGCCCAAUAAGAGAAGAAAACCAAAUCAAGAACAGAGGACCAACCAGUCCCGACGCUGAUGCUGAAAUUGCCUCAACAGGUUCUGUAAAUGGGGCCCAAAGUGAGGUUCAGUCUAGUUCAUUCCCACUAGAAGUUUCAGAUAUGCAGAAUGGGUAUAGCAGUGAGGGAGAGACUAUGUACUCCGCAGAAACUGCUGAGAGUCGAAAUUAUACCAGUCCUGCAGAGGGAAAGUUUCAACAAGUGGGAAGGAGCCAGAGUUGUGUGAAUUAUAAUAGAUGGGGAGCCGCCCAAAGUAAUCCAGUGGCUCGCAGGGCAUUGCUAGAAAAGCAAAGGAGCUUUAUCCAUGGAAGGAAGAUGCAUUCACAAGGGGCAACUUCCCAAAGGAGCAAUGACUACUACAGCCCAACUGUCUCCUCAAUCAUGAAGAAGCGCAACUCAGAGCAGCCCGUCAGACCCCGGCAAAGUGCUGUUCAUUCCUCUCCGAAAUGGAAUUUCUAAGUGAAUCUUGACAAAGAUGAUACCUGAAAGUGAUUGACAACGAAAAUAUAGUGUUUUUUGGUGUUUGAGUUAACGCCCA